GGGGUGCAUUGUAUAAUUCAAAAUCCGUUCGGAGCAUUGGGAACGCAAAAGGCGGUCCCGGGCGCUCGAUCUAAGGGGGGCCAGGUAUAAAAACGAACUCGAUUUAGCCGCUAUCACUAUCGAACAGUCAUUCAACCGACUAACUCGCCAUGGCUUUCAAACUCAUCGCUUUCGCCACCCUCGUGGCUGCCGCCUCCGCUGGAGUACUCGCCCCAGCGCCCCUCGCGUACCACGGUGCCCCGGCUUACGCCCACGCCGCCCCCGCUUACGGAUACGCCGCCCCCGUCGCUAAGGCCGUCGUGAAGACCGUCGACGCCGACUACGACCCCAACCCCCAGUACAGCUACUCUUACGACGUCCACGACAGCCUGACCGGAGACGCCAAGAGCCAGCAGGAGACCCGCAACGGUGACGUCGUCGAGGGCAGCUACUCCCUCGUCGAGGCCGACGGCAGCCGUCGCGUCGUCCACUACACCGCCGACCCCCACAACGGAUUCAACGCCGUCGUUGAAAAGGAACCCGCCACCCACGGACCCGUCGUCGCCAAGUACGCCGCCGCCCCCGUCGUCGCCAAGUACGCCGCUGCCCCCGUCGUCGCCAAGUACGCCGCCGCCCCCCUCCACUACGCCGCCCCCGUCCAACACGGAUACUACCACUAAAUUAGAUCGUUAGAAGUACACCCAUAUUUAUUUCAAAUAUAAAUUAUUUAGACUA